AUGGCAACAUCAAGCGAGCCUGUGCAAACGAGCACACAGCAUGUGCUCCGCUUGGAUGCUUUGGCGCAAGCAGCGACUGACGCCAUAGCAGCUGCCAACGCAGCACGCUGGAGUGCCAACACAGAACUAGCUGCUCGGAACACAUUGCGGGAGCAUUUCCUAGCCAGCUUUGACUUUUUGCAUGGCGACGCGUGGCAGUCUUGCCUUGAGCACCAUGAGCAGAGCGUGCGGCUUGUAAUUUCAACAACAACUUACAAGCUCAAGCACGAGGCCAAGAAUCGUUUGGCUGUCAAACGGCUGCUCAAAGACAAAGGAAAGGGUGGCCACGUCAGCGAUGAGCCCGACAUGCUGCCUUGUUCGGUCACUGUCGCAGCUGCUGCAGACGAGGUAUUUCUGCUAACAGCGAACGACCCCGCACAGCACGUGCUUCCGAUCCAUGCUCGAAAUGAGUCGCGCUCCGGCGAUGACGCGGUGGCCGAGGAGAAUGUGAACACCUGGAUCAGCCAUGCAGGGACUGAGCUUCGUCUCAUGCAAACAAUGAGGCAUGGAUCUGCAAUCACAGAGCUCCUCCGAGCAACGUGGCCUGAAACCUACCCGGACCUUUCCCCAGCUCCCGAGGCGCCAAGUUCCACAGUCCACACUGUCUUUUGUGGUUCUGUGACGUGGUGGCAGGCUACUUCCAAAGCGGGUGCAUCAGUGCUCGUUCAGUGCAUCUAUGCAGCCUUCAGGGACCUCCUCGCCCUUUUCCUGCAAACUGUACGUGGCAUUGCAGUCACAACAAAGCAGAGUGUUGAUGGCAAGGUGGCCGUGCUGACAGCCCGACAAGCACGAGGUAGCCAAUGCCACACGGUUGUUGCCUGCCUUUUCCGCCGUUAUGACUUCGACAAAGAUUUUGUGGCCCAUGCACGUGACCCUGGCAAGGUAGCAGUCAUGAUUUCAAGGGCCACCCACGAAUUGAUCUUGUUUCACGAGAGGACGAGAGAUGAUGACUUCAUUGGGAGACUGCAAAACUUCCUCUGGCACAGCCGCUGGACAAGAGGCUACAGCUAUGAAACCCUCAAUGUCGACGAACAGCACCAGUGGACUCCCGACGAGCACGCUGCGUGGCAGUGGCAGGAAGAUGAACCAUGGAAGGCUGCUCUAUCUGAUUCUGACUCAGACGAAGAUUUGCACUUCGCAGAGAUCUUUUCCGACCCUGCAAUGCGAACGCUGUGUGAGCUUCGUGAGCACGAACGCCAAGUCCGCCGAGCAACCCUUCCCAGGUACAGACCCUCCAGUGAUGUGCCUGCCGAUCUCUGGUACCAUGUGCAGCAUUUGGUCUUUGCCAAAGCAGUCAAAGCCGAACAGUUUGACAAUGAAGACAGUGAAGAAGCAGAUGAGGCUGCAGAUGUCAAGAUCUCUGCGGUCAUCUCUCUUCCCAUGUUGCCCUGCAAUUUUCGCCUUUUCCGCAGCUUUCGCAACCGAGGCGAAAUGUGGGAUUCGGUGCCCACUGCCCUUGCUGCACAAAUCAGCAGCCGCCUUGAAGGUAGCACAAUUUCAGUGCAAUACCACAAAGCUGAAGUCAGCUACCAUGGCCAACACGUCCUGGUCGCCCAGCGCUGCCGGUCAUUCAGACCAGAGGCACAAAUUCAUCACGGCGGCGAAAUGGUUGCCAAGAUUUAUUUCGGAAUGGGCACACAAGCCAACCAUUGGUCUUCCUACAAUUUGGUUUGCUUUGUUUUCCGGACUGCAGCCCUGCGGGCAGCACAGCAAGAGCUCGGUGCAGUGGACCG